CUCGAUUAUAAGCUUUUUUGGUACGGAAUAGAAGAAAAUAAUAACUGGCGCGGAUUUUGUUUUUCUUUUUUUUUUUACUUUUUUAUUUAUAAAAUUGAACAAAACAAUUUUUUGUUUUUGUUUAAUUUUAAUCUUAAAGUAUAAAUUUGAUUGAGAUAUAUUGAUUAAAAUAUUGAGGGAAAAUAUUAUCAAAAACCAAGUCGGUUUUAGUACAACUUUAUACAUACAUAAACAUACAUAUAUUUAUUAUUUGGAUUUUAUUUGAGGACAGACAAACAUACAAAUAUUUCAUAUAAAAAAAAAAUGAUUUGGAUACAAAUUUGCUGAUUGGUAAAGAAAGGUGAAUAAGUGCUUUGAACUAAGAAAGUUCAACACAAAUUCAACCGGACGCGCGCUGUGCUGCUAUUUUUUUUGAUUUUUAUACACCGACUAAAUCAGAACUAAAGGAAUCAAUUUUGAAAUAAAAGCUAAUUUAGUAACAACAGUCAUAAAGAUUAACUCUUUUAUUUGGAAGAGUUUUUUAAAGCUCUUCAAAUAAAAAAAAAAAGUAAAAAUAUGUCAAAUAUACGACAUCGACCGUUAGGACCAGGUGGUGGUGGAGGUCCAAUAGCUGAUAGUGAUGAUAAUUAUUCAGAUGAUGAAAGCACACCGUUGACUCAGGAUAUUUAUGGUGGAAGUCAACGUACGGUACAAGAAACAAAAGGGUGGGAUGUAUUUAGAGAUCCACCAUUAAAAAUAGAUAGUGGCUCAACAGCAAAUCAAGCAUGUUUAGAAUUAACAGUUAAAAUAUUAAAAGUAUUUGCAUAUUUAAUAACAUUUAUUAUAGUAUUGGGUGGGGGGGUAAUAGCAAAAGGCUGUGUUUUAUUUAUGACGUCACAAAUACGUAGAGAUAAGAAAAUAACAUAUUGCAAUAAGGAUUUAGGGCGUGAUAAACAAUUUAUUGUAACAUUACCAGAAGAAGAACGUAUUGCAUGGAUAUGGGCUAUAAUAAUCGCUUACACAAUACCAGAAAUUGGUGCAUUAAUACGUUCUGUUCGAAUAUGCUUCUUUAAAUCGUAUAAACGUCCAUAUACGUCACAUUUUGCAUUUUGUUGGUUAAUGGAAACAUUAAGCGUACUCGGAACCGUUCUUUUAAUGUUUGGUGUAUUGCCGGAAAUAAACGCAAUUCAAGGGGCAAUGUUAACAAAUUGUUUAUGUGUUAUACCCGGUAUAUUAGGUUUGAUGUCUCGAACAUCAAAAGAAGGUAAACGUGCAAUUAAAUCUUUGGUUGAUAUAGCAGCUAUCGCAGCACAAGUAACUGGAUUUGUUGUAUGGCCAUUAUUAGAAAAUCGCUUAACACUUUGGUUAAUACCAGUCGCUUCAAUAAUGAUUUCCUGCGGUUGGUGGGAAAAUUAUGUUUCGACACAGUCUUCGAUUGGUUUUAUAAGAAGUUUAGGUCGUAUUAAAGAAGAUAUGAAAUUUACUAGGUACUUCAACUACACAUUUAUUUCUAUUUGGAAAGUUAUUUUCUUCUUUUGCGCAACAAUAUCGAUAUUAUGGAUACGUGGAGAAGAACCGGCCAAUUUGUUUGUACUAUUCGGGGAUGGUUUUGGACCACAUAAAGUUAUGGUUGAUGAAGUUACGAAUGGAUUUUCCCAAUUACCUGAUUUACCACAAACAAUUGCAGAUUCAACAGAUAUAGAUGCUUCUCACGAUACUGUAACUUAUGUUCUUUUAAUACAAAUUCUAGCUGCGUAUUUGUGUUAUAUCUUUGGGAAAUUUGCAUGCAAAAUCAUGAUUCAAGGAUUUAGUUACGCUUUUCCUGUAAAUUUAACAAUUCCUGUAUCUGUAUCAUUAUUGAUUGCUGCAUGUGGCAUUCGAAAUGGGGAUCCAUGUUUUUUUCAUGGAACUAUCCCGGAUUAUUUGUUUUUCGAGAGUCCGACUCAGUUUAACUUAGAUGAUUUUGUCUCAAAACAGAUGGCUUGGGCUUGGAUUUUAUGGUUAUUAAGUCAAACGUGGAUAACACUGCAUAUUUGGACACCUAAAUGUGAACGCUUGGCAACAACGGAGAAAUUAUUUGUUAGUCCUAUGUACAGCUCCUUAUUGAUAGAUCAGUCAAUGGCAUUGAAUAGAAGACGAGAUGAUCAAGCUGAUGUUAAAACCGAGGACUUGGACGAAAUUCAAAAAGAAAAAGGUGACGAAUAUUAUGAGACGAUAUCAGUUCAUACUGAUGGCUCAGCUAUACAAAAACCAAGUAUUAAGUCUUCCGAUAGCAUUACUAGAAUUUAUGCUUGUGCUACUAUGUGGCAUGAAACGAAAGAUGAAAUGAUGGAAUUCUUAAAGAGUAUAAUGCGAUUGGAUGAAGAUCAAUGCGCGCGUAGGGUAGCCCAAAAGUAUUUGAGAGUAGUUGACCCAGAUUAUUAUGAGUUUGAAACGCAUGUUUUCUUUGAUGACGCCUUUGAAAUAUCAGAUCACAGUGAUAACGAUAUUCAAGUUAAUAGAUUCGUUAAACUUCUUGUAGCAACAAUAGAUGAGGCCGCGUCAGAUAUACAUCAAACGACUAUCCGGCUUAGACCACCAAAGAAAUAUCCUGCACCGUAUGGUGGUCGUUUAGUUUGGGUUUUACCAGGCAAAACAAAAAUGAUUGCACAUCUUAAAGAUAAAGAUCGUAUUCGUCAUCGUAAGCGCUGGUCUCAAGUUAUGUAUAUGUAUUAUUUACUAGGCCACCGUUUAAUGGAACUGCCUAUUCCCGUUGAAAGGAAAGAAAUAAUUGCAGAAAAUACUUAUUUAUUAACUUUGGAUGGUGAUAUUGAUUUUCAACCGAUUGCUGUUACUUUGUUAGUUGAUUUAAUGAAAAAAAAUAAAAAUUUAGGAGCCGCAUGUGGUCGCAUUCAUCCAGUCGGUUCAGGACCGAUGGUAUGGUAUCAAAUGUUCGAAUAUGCUAUUGGUCAUUGGCUUCAAAAGGCAACUGAACAUAUGAUUGGUUGUGUACUUUGUAGCCCAGGAUGUUUUUCACUUUUCCGUGGAAAAGCAUUAAUGGACGACAAUGUGAUGAAAAAAUAUACAACGAGAUCUGAUGAAGCUAGACAUUAUGUACAAUACGAUCAGGGUGAAGAUCGUUGGCUGUGUACUUUACUAUUGCAGAGAGGUUAUCGUGUAGAAUAUUCAGCUGCUUCUGAUGCUUAUACUCAUUGCCCAGAAGGUUUCAAUGAAUUUUAUAAUCAACGACGUCGUUGGGUUCCAUCUACUAUUGCCAAUAUUAUGGAUUUAUUAUGUGAUGCUAAAAGGACUAUUAAAAUUAACGAUAAUAUUUCAAUGAUUUACAUUUUCUAUCAAAUGAUGUUAAUGGGUGGUACAAUUCUUGGUCCUGGUACGAUUUUUCUUAUGUUGGUGGGGGCUUUUGUUGCUGCUUUCCGUAUAGAUAACUGGACUUCAUUUCAUUAUAAUAUUGUACCAAUUUUAUUAUUUAUGUUAGUUUGUUUUACGUGUAAAUCUAAUAUCCAACUGCUACUAGCACAAAUAUUAUCAACAAUGUAUGCUUUAAUAAUGAUGGCCGUAAUCGUGGGUACGGCAUUGCAGUUAGGUGAGGACGGUGUGGGAAGCCCUUCAGCUAUUUUCUUGAUUGCUAUGUGCGGCUCAUUCUUCAUAGCGGCAUGUUUGCAUCCCCAAGAGUUCUGGUGUAUUACGGCUGGUCUCAUUUAUUUGCUUUCGAUUCCAUCUAUGUACCUUUUAUUGAUUCUAUAUUCAAUUAUCAAUUUAAAUGUUGUAUCAUGGGGAACAAGAGAAGUUGUUGCUAAGAAAACCAAAAAAGAAUUGGAAGCGGAGAAAAAAGCUGCUGAAGAAGCUGCAAAACGUGUUAAACAAAAGAGUUUAUUAGGAUUCCUGCAGAGCGGUAUUGGUGAAAACCCAGAUGAGGAAGGUUCAAUUGAAAUAUCUUUAGCUGGUUUAUUUAGAUGUAUUUUAUGUACUCAUGGUAAAACAAGUGAUGAAAAAAUUCAGUUAACGCAUAUUGCGGAUGCAUUAGAUUCAAUACAAAAACGGUUAGAAACAUUGGAACAUACAUUAGAUCCGCAUGGGCAUUCAACACAUGGACAUGGUCAUCAUCGUCGUAGAACAACUUCAAGUGGCUCUAAAGACCAUCAUUUGGCUGCCGUGGCUGAAAAAGAUGGCAAUGAAUCCGAUACAUCGUCAGCAGAAAGCUCUGCGCCAAAUACUGAAGAUCGAGAUUUCUUAACAAACCCAUAUUGGAUUGAAGAUCCUGAAUUAAGAAAAGGUGAAGUUGAUUUUAUGUCAAGUAGUGAAAUUCAAUUUUGGAAGGACUUAAUUGACAAAUAUUUGUAUCCGAUUGAUCAAGACAAAGAAGAACAGGCAAGAAUUGCACGAGAUUUAAUCGAACUGAGGAAUAAAUCAGUUUUUGCUUUCUUCAUGUUCAACGCAUUAUUUGUAUUAAUCGUUUUCUUAUUACAAUUGAACAAAGACAAACUACAUGUUGAAUGGCCACUUGGUGUCAAGACGAACAUAACGUAUAUUGAAGAAACAUCUGAGGUUCAUAUUACCAAAGAAUAUCUUCAACUGGAACCGAUUGGUUUAGUAUUUGUAUUUUUCUUCGCUCUUAUCUUAGUUAUACAGUUUACGGCGAUGUUGUUCCAUCGAUUUGGGACUCUAUCACAUAUUUUAGCUUCAACUGAAUUGAAUUUAUGUUUUAAAAAGAAAUCUGAAGAGCUGUCACAAGAUGCUUUAAUUGAUAAGCAUGCGGUGGAGAUAGUCAAAAAUCUUCAACGACUGCAAGGCAUAGAUGGUGAUUAUGAUAAUGAUUCAGGUAGUGGACCUGACCGCAUUGCAAGGAGGAAAACAAUUCAAAACUUGGAAAAAGCUAGGCAACCACGUAGACAAAUUGGUACACUUGAUGUCGCAUUCAAAAAACGUUUCUUAAAAUUAACUGCUGAUGAGAAUAAUCCCGCAACUCCAAUUUUAACAAGACGAAUGACUAUGCGUCGUGAAACUAUACGAGCUCUUGAAGUUCGUAAGAAUUCUGUCAUGGCUGAGCGUAGAAAAUCGCAAAUGCAAACUUUAGGUGUUAAAAAUGAAUAUGGUAUAGCAACAACAACAGCAAAUACGAUAUCAAAUGGUAUAAUUCCCACAAGAAAUACGAGAACAUCAAAUGCGGGUUUAAGUAUAAAAGAUGUAUUCAGUCCUAACGGUGGACCCGGUGAGAUUUAUGGCACAACUAAUGGCAGUGGUGGACAAGUUAAUCAAGGUUAUGAGCACGUAUUGGAUGAAGAAGAUAGAAAUUCAUUAAGACUUACACCUAGAAAUCCUAAUAGUUCAUCACAAGUAUCAUGGAGUAGUAGUAAUAAUAAUUCUGGAAGAUUAUAAUAAACAAAAUGAUAACAUAAUAAGUUAUAAAUUUUUCUGUAAAUUAUGAUAUAUACAAGUUUUCAAAUUAUAUGUAUAUAUAUAUGUAUAUAUAUACAUAUAUAAGUACAUAAGCAUAUAUAUGUAUGUAUUACAUAAAUAAACAUAAAAAAAAGUAUAUUUAAAUUGUAAAUAAGUGUAGUAUAUGUAAUAUAUAUGCAUAUGAACAUUACAUAAUUUAUACAAAAAAAAAACCUUUUUUUUGAAAAAUUGCCUGCCUAAAAUGAGAUUUCUAUAUAUUUUAAUUAUGUAAAGUAAUGUAAUGACAAUAGGUUUUAAAAAGAAUAACUUAUAUUUUAAGCUUCGAUUCUAUGUUUUAUAGAUAGUAACUAUUUUCUAAAAUUUACUAUAUUUUUUAUAUGCGAUUAUUUACUCAUUCAUGAUUAUAAAGACCUUAAUUUACAGUACCAUGCAUACAUUUUAAUUAAACAAUAUUUAACAAAUGCAUUCGUUUUGAUUUUAUAAUUCAAUUAUAUUCAAAUGGAAACUUUAAUGAAAUACCCUUCAUCUGUUUUAACUCCAUUUUAUAUCAUAUAUAUGUAGUGUAUUUAUAGCUGUACUGUUUAUAUAUUAUUCAUUUUUCUAUUUUAUUGGUUGUGUUAUUUAAUUGAACACUAAUCUGUUUCAAUAUAAUAAAAUAAAAAAAUUUAUUUGUGUAACAUUAAAAUACUGGUCGCUAAAUGAUCAUAUUUUGUAAUACAUUGCAUAUUUUGAACGAAUUUAGAACUAAAACUAAAUUAUUGGAUGCUAAAAUUAAUCUUGCUUAAGUUCUACAUAAAUUAGAUCAUAGAUAAUUCUCAAAAAAAAAUUUAAUUUUAUAUUAAAAAGUAAACAAAUUUCUAUAAUAAUUUUAAUUCAAAAGAUUUUUGCUAUUAAUAAUUAUUAAAUUAAAAAUUUAAAAUAUUCAUAUCGAUUUCAAAAAAAUAAUAACAUAAAUUUUGUAGAAUAUUAUUAAAUUUAUUGUAUAAUAAUAAUAUUAAACCUUGAGCUGCCAUUUUUUACCUCAACUUUCUUUAA